AUGGACAUCCUUUACCGACUGAGCAGCACAUUCUACUGGGGCAUGUUGCUUGCUGGCAUAGCGGGUGUCAAUAUCGAGUACCAAAUAUCACUCGUCACGCCUGUCGUUACUACAAUUGUCACAAUUUGGAUUCCCAGAUUAAUUUUCAACGCCAUUCCAACCGCCUUAAGCUGGGUUAGGUUGUUUCUUUCAAGCAGCGUUUUGGCGUGCGUAGAAUCUGGCGCCAUCCCAACGCUGCUCUGGCUUUGGGAGAUCGUGGCGACCUCAGCUCUUACCACAUUCCUAAGGCUCACGUCCAUCUGCUUGCUGUCAGCAGCCCACCCCCUCCUACUGAAACCCUUCAGUAGAUUUUUCCAACGGUGGUUGAAUAUUGUGGAGAUGUAUGUUGAUUCCAAGUCAAAAAGCCUCAUGGCGGGCCUCUUCCAAAUUCACGUCCCAGCUAAUGCCGACUUUGACGAGUUUGCCCCGGUACUUCCUAGAUGGCUUACGAACACGAUAAUCUAUGCCACCCAGAUGGCGAUCGACUUCGCUGUUGUGCUGCUCAUACGCUUACCAGGACCAUACGAGUACUUGCAGGCCGUCACGACUCCGUUCCUCUUCUUGCCUGACUUCGAAUGCACGAUUCUGACGGCCUGCUCGAUGUACAUGGGUGUUUUCGGAUGUUACGAGCGGGCGCAGCGUGCCAGGCAACAGGAUGACCCGGAUAUUCCCGAAGCGGAGAGACUCGAGGCCCUAGCCAUGAACGGACGGGGAUUAACCGUCUGUCUGCUGUACUACACGGCGUAUCAGAUCGGGUUUGUACCCCUCACAGACCUCCACACGAUGCGGAUGGCCGACCAAGAGUGCGCCAGGACCAGUUACCCUGGCGCCCGUUUGGAGGCCUCGAUUCAGUGGUAUGCCCACGGGAUGUUGUCGGCAGUUUUGAUGAUGAACAUCCAAUGGCUUGUCCGGAUUCUGUGCAGAGAGGGAACCAAGAUGUUGUGUUAUUAUUCAGAGCCUUUUGAGUUCGAUAUGAGGCCCCUGAUUGGAGAGGAGCCGUUGCCAACUAGGCAUGUGGAGGAUUUUGCCAUGAUGGAACAUGAUCUGGCCUUUGAUGAUAAGUUUCAUUAUGUUACCGUGACCAAUUUGCUAUACGGUACUUAUGGUCCUAUCCCUCUGGAGAUGAUCUGAUGCGUCUGUCUGCAAGCUAUGAGAACGGGCACGG